AUGGAUCAAGUACUCAACGUUUACAACACUUACGUGUUCCCAUUCUUGACAACACACAAACGACAAACGCGUGUCUCUAUUUCAGCAGCCAUCGGGCUUUUGACCCUUUAUUGGGCAUACGACAAGAUAUUCAGACCACCCCGUCAACUACGUGGUAUCCCACAAGCACCCUUCUUUGGCAUUCUAAAAGCCUUGUUCACAAGCACGCCUAUCGAUGAGCUUUCGAGAAUGACAUUGCCCAUUGCUAACAAAACUCCCAGUGGAUUAUACAUGCGCUUUGAUCAAAAUGGAUGGAAUGUGCGUAUCACUCGACCAGAGUCUGCCAAGAAAUUCCUUCUCAAGACAGAUUUGUUUGUAAAAGAUUCGGUGUCGAAAUCACGUAAAGAGACAUUGGGAGGCCGUUUUAUCUUUAGUGCCGGCAAUAUUUUGACGCUAAAUGGCCAAGAAUGGAAAACGCAUCGAAAGAUUGCUAAUCCAGCUUUCCACCGAUCAAUGCCUGUUGACCUAUUUGGCAAGCUCACAAAAAAGAUGAUCUAUGCGAUGGAUCAAACAAAAGGGCCCAUUGAGUUUCACAACAUGACCUCUCGUAUCACAUUGGAUGCAAUCGGAUUGGCUGGAUUCGGUUUUGAUUUCAAUUCUAUUGGCGACGAGAACAAUGAAUGGACCAAAAUGUAUGGUGAUUUCACAGCUGCUCAACGAAACCCAAUUUUCUUCAUGUUGACAUGGUUGGAUCGAGAGCCUUUGCUUCGAUUGUUCCCUAAGCGCCGUAAAGCUCAUCAAGAUCUUACCAAGUUUUUGAACAAGUUGGAUGAAAUCAUUAUCCACAAACGUCAAGUACUUGAAGGCACAAUCAAAAACGAUGAACAGCCCGUUGAUGACCACAAUAAGGAUUUAUUGACGCUGAUGUUGGAAGCUCAGCAACACGACGGCGAAUCUGCCAUGACAAAUGAGGAGCUAAAGAGCAACCUAUGCGUUUUCUUCCUUGCUGGACAUGACACAACUGCAAACGCCUUAAACUUUGCCGUCUAUUACAUGGCUAUGAACAAGGAUGUUCAAGAGAAGGCAAGAGAAGAAGCAAUUCGUGUCCUUGGAGACAAUCCAGAGGAUGUGGUUCCUAAUUCAGAGCAAGUGAAAUCACUUCCAUAUAUUGACAUGAUCAUCAAAGAGACUUUGCGUAUGAAUCCACCUGCAUCAGCCAUCUUUGCUCGAAAGCCUACUGAGGACACUGAUCUUGAUGGUGUGUUCAUUCCCAAGGGUCAAGCUGUCGCCCUUGAUAUCUAUCAAUUGCAUCACAACCCAACUGUGUGGAAAGACCCUGAGGUCUUUGACCCUGAAAGAUUCAGUCCUGGUGGCGAAUAUGACCAGCUUUCUACCACUGGAAUGCCAUGGCUCCCCUUUAGCUCAGGUAGCCGUAUAUGCAUAGGAAUGAAUUUCAGUCUCGAUGAGCAGCGUGUCGUUUUGUCUAUGCUCUUGCGUAAAUACGAAUGGGAUUUGCCGCAAGAUUCUCCACACAGGAAGAGAUUGAUGCUUGAAGGAUUGGGUCUCACCAAGGCAAAAAACAUGUUUGUUCAAUUCAAUCGACGCUAUUAG